AUGGCCACCGUGGCGCCACGAAUUGGUGACACCAAGGUGCCUAUGUCGUUGCUCGAAAAGGGCGCAUAUAUCAACUACCAGCGCAUCGAAGAUAACUUGGCCAUUGUACGCGAAAGGCUUGGACGACCACUGACGUUGUCGGAGAAAAUCUUAUAUGGUCAUUUGGACGACCCCCAUGGUCAGGAUAUUGAGAGGGGCGUGAGCUACCUCAAGCUGAGGCCUGAUCGUGUCGCCUGCCAGGAUGCCACGGCGCAGAUGGCACUUCUACAAUUUAUGUCUGCUGGGAUGGACACAGCUGCAGUUCCUACCACCGUUCACUGUGACCAUCUCAUUGAGGCCCAGGUUGGCGGUGUCAAGGAUCUUGCUCGUGCAAUCAACAUUAACAAGGAAGUGUACGAUUUUUUGGCGACCGCUACUGCCAAGUACGGUCUCGGUUUCUGGAAACCCGGCUCUGGUAUCAUCCAUCAAAUCAUUCUGGAAAACUACGCUUUCCCUGGUGGAUUGAUGAUUGGCACUGAUUCGCAUACACCCAAUGCUGGUGGUCUUGGUAUGAUUGCCUGCGGUGUUGGGGGUGCUGACGCGGUCGACGUUAUGGCUGGCAUUCCGUGGGAGUUGAAGUGUCCCAAGGUCAUCGGUGUGAACCUCACAGGAAAGAUCGGCGGAUGGACAACACCCAAGGACGUCAUUCUCAAGGUCGCUGGUAUUCUUACGGUCAAGGGCGGUACCGGUGCUAUCGUUGAAUACAGAGGUCCUGGGGUGGAAUCCCUUUCUUGCACGGGUAUGGCCACGAUCUGUAACAUGGGUGCGGAAAUUGGUGCAACUACGUCUAUGUUCCCUUUCAACAGUCGGAUGACGGAUUACUUGAAUGCUACCAAGCGGUCGGACAUUGCGAAAUAUGCCUCUCAAUUCUCCUACAACUUGAAGGCUGAUGAAGGUGCCGAAUAUGAUCAAGUCAUUGAUAUUAAUCUAUCGGAACUUGAGCCCCAUAUCAACGGCCCUUUCACCCCCGAUCUUGCUACUCCCCUUUCGCAAUUCGCCUCCGAGGUCAAGAAGAACGGCUGGCCAGACGAGCUCAAAGUUGGUCUUAUCGGUUCUUGCACCAACUCUUCGUAUGAGGAUAUGUCGCGUUCUGCUUCCAUCGCAAAUGAAGCUGCCAGCCAUGGUCUCACGACCAAGAGCAAGUUCACGAUUACUCCUGGUUCGGAACAGGUCCGUGCUACGAUUGAGCGCGACGGUCAGAUCAAGGCUUUCGAGGAUGCUGGCGGAGUUGUUCUCGCGAACGCUUGUGGACCCUGCAUCGGUCAAUGGGACAGGAAAGAUGUUCCCAAGGGUACACCCAACUCCAUCAUAACCUCCUACAACCGAAACUUCACCGGCCGUAACGAUGCUAACCCCGCUACCCAUGCCUUUGUUGCAUCUCCUGAUAUCGUCACUGCUAUGGUUUUCGCUGGCUCGCUUUCCUUCAACCCUACUACUGACACACUCAUCGGAUCUGACGGAAAGCCCUUCAAGUUUUCUAACCCCUCCGGAAACGAGCUUCCCCCACGCGGAUAUGACCCAGGACAAGAUACCUUCCAGCCUCCUCCUGCCGACCGUGCCAGCGUCAGCGUCGCCGUUGAUCCCAAGAGUGACCGUCUCCAGCUGUUGCAACCCUUCCAACCUUGGGACGGAAAGACGCCUUCUGACCUGCCUAUCUUGAUCAAAGUCAAGGGUAAAUGCACAACCGACCACAUCAGUGCUGGAGGACCAUGGCUCAAGUACCGUGGACACUUACAGAACAUCUCUCAAAAUUGUCUGAUUGGCGCCAUCAACUCGGAGAAUGGCGAGGCGAACAAGGUGAAGAACCAGAUCACCGGUGAAUGGGAUGGUGUUCCUCAAGUCGGCGCCUACUACCGAGACCACGGCAUCAAAUGGGUGGCUGUCGGCGACCACAAUUACGGUGAAGGUUCCUCUCGUGAGCACGCUGCUCUGGAGCCCCGGUAUCUUGGAGGCCUUGCCAUUAUCGUUCGGUCGUUUGCCCGUAUCCACGAAACUAACUUGAAGAAGCAAGGCAUGUUGGCUUUGACAUUUGCAGACCCUGACGAUUACGAGAAGGUGAAGCCGAGUGAUAAGGUUGAUAUCCUUGGGUUGGAUACCUUUGCGCCGGGGAAGAACCUGACACUCGUGUUGAAGCAUGAGGAUGGAGGCAAGGAGGAAAUCCCCCUCGCACACUCCUUCAAUGAGGGGCAGAUCGCUUGGUUCAAGGCUGGCUCUGCUCUUAACUUGAUGGCGGCCAAGGCUAAGGGUCUGUAGAUAUCUUCUUAAUAUUAGCACAUUUUUUCAUACUUGGAAAAACAAACACAUUCGAAAUGAACCAGACUAAGUUCCAGGGAUCAUACAUGCACGUACGGUCCUGGAUAGGGAUUUGGCG